AUGCUCUCCAUGCCGGGCUGCACUCGCCUCACCGAUGGUACGCGCAUGGAAUAUAAAGAAUGGACUUUGUACCCUAGCCCUGCUUGUGGAUAUGCUGCCGACAUCUUGCUAAUAUGCGCCUCACAGUGGUCUCGUCUGAUCGGAGCCGCUCCCUCGCCCUCCUCCAGACACCCGCGUGGCAACGCCGUUGCUGAACGGCACACGGCAUUCAAGCACGUCUACAACACCCUCUACCAAAUAUGGCGCAAUUCCCCCUCUUUAACCCCCGAGUCCCCGUCUAUCCCACGUAUUCGCAACUGUCUCGACCGCCUCAAUGCAGUCCUAGCCGACGAGUCCAGAGGCCCGGCGCCACAUCCAUGCCUCAGCUUCGCUGCCACGCCACAGGUCUAUUUAACCAUUGCCAAGCUGGCAUUGUCGACAUACGAUCCUCACAUCGUCGCCGCAACCACCGUGUUCUUUACUGUGCUCAUAGACGCCGAGGUCGAGGGCGUCGUGGACAGCACCGCCUUUUCGAGAGCCUUAGUAGAUCUAGUACGCAGGGCAAGCUGCACUGGAGAAGAAUGCGAAAGCAAAUUGGUUGAGUUGAUGUUCGGCGUUGCAAACAAUAUCCGCCUACAGCCCGCCAUCUUACCGGCGUGGUUUUUCCCCAAGGAGCCUGUAACAGAGGCAGAUGCGAGAGAAGCCGGACAGCUGUUUGCGGGAGCGACACGAAAGGAUGACUUCCCUCUUUUUUAUCUGCUACUAGAAUACGUGCAUUGUUCUGGAAGACAGGGUGAUUUUGCCCGGACCGGCCUGCUCUACAUCAUCGAAACAGCAUCCAAGGCUAAGAAUCUGGAGCGGUGGUUGAUUGAAAGUGACUUGGCUACGCUGAUGGCUACCGGCCUAGGAGGUUUGUACAGCCAACUCAGCAGGGUAUUACCUUCCAUUCAUGACAUUGAGAUCCCUCCGAUCAUUUCUCUGUCUGACGAUACUCACCCAAAAGUCUUCUUUUGUCAUGAUCUUGGCCACAACAUGGAUUCAUUCCUCUCAUAUUUAUUGUUCUGGCAAGACGCCGUUGACCACUGCCGGUCCACUGAGCUGAAUGAUACCCUUCUAGAUCAUUUUCAGGUCUUGUUUCUCGAACAAUUGCUAUACCCGUCUUUACUUGAGUCAUCCGACGUCGAUGGAGGAUCAACACCUGCUGUCACAACCUAUUUAUCUCGGAUCUUGGAGUCAAUUGAUCAGCCCGAGUUAAUACAUCGUAUCCUCCAUUUCUUACUAGCAUCUCCUUCGCAACAUGACUCUCAAGCCAUCAAGCAGGUCGAGAAACCGAAAAUGUCGGUUAGUCGCCGCAAGUCAUUAGAUAUCUUAGCUGUGUUUGCAGAAGCCGCAGCGAUACCAUCUCCCACCUUAUUUAACUUGGUCGAUCUGGUUUCUAUGGGUAUCAAGUCUAAUAAUAUUCAAACUCUUGUGGCCACAUUGCGACUCAUGACGGUUAUCAUGGAGCGCCACCAGCACUUUACCAAAUUUCUUCUCAAAACAAGAGAGAAAUCAGAAGCAGAGUCCCUCCAGAGGUCACAUGGUGCCCUUAAUGCAGAGUUACAAGGUCUCCUCGGUCUUGCAGCCGCGAUUGACGGCCGCCCCAUAUUAGACCAAUCGUACUCCACCUACGUCGCCAGUGCGUUAGCUGCGCUAGCUUCGCGAUCUACGAUGAUACCGUUGAAUCAGGCGAUUCCACGCCCUAGCUCACUAUUGCACAACGAUGGCAGUAUAUUCAAGGGCCUUCUAGACCUUCUGCGACGUUUCUUUGUCAACGGCGUUACUACGAAUCUUGCCCUGACCAGCGCAGUUGCAGCGUUGGCCACCUCGAACCUAAUUUCCUUAGACGGCUGGCUCCUUGUUCCGCCCAAGAAAUACCAUCUACCCAACAACGGGUGCAAGCAACCGACUAAAACUGCGCUGUCCCCGAGUCAACAAUCUUGUGAUGGAUCCCUUGCAUAUCAACAACCGUCCUGGUCCGGCGGCGAUACCCCUACUCUGACAUCCGUCCUAAAUUCACUCGUGCGCCGCAUACAAAGUUGGCGCAAAUCAAUAUCGGAUUUUGACAACUUGGUCGCAGGCCGUAGAGCCCUGUUGUCCCUUUCGGAGCCGGAGACACGUGAAGCAGAAUCCAGCCAGACUGCUCGGGCUGUUGGCGAUCGUCGCGAAAAGACUUCCAGAGGCCGCAAUUCGGUUCGGAUACGAGGGUGGGAUGAUAACUACCCAUCCAGCGGGGCCAAGUCGCGCUCCCUCUCACAAGAUUCCGGCUCUUCCACCCGUGCUUCUUCCGCUCAUCUCGCUCCGGCGUUGCCGUGUUCGCGGGCCGCCGUUCCGGGCAGCUUAACCAAUCUCCAUGAACGGCUUGCUGGUCUGUUCUCCACAGAGCUUUGUCGGUCCUCGGAAGUCACUAGCCCUAGUACGCUAGCUUUUGACCCUGACUCGGUUGAAGCUGGGGUAGAUCUGCAAGAUGUGACCUUGGGACAUGUCUUGACAAAUAUUGUGAUAUUAUAUGAUUUCGUCCUUGAGCUUACAGCACUUGUGCAAAUGAGAGGCAGUAUGUUUCAAGAAGUAGAAUUUGGAUCCUUGGUCGAAUUGUAA